AUCACGUAUAAUCAUUGCCGUUGAUCACGUUGACUCAACAAAGAUUAACGGCCGUGAUUAACAUCGGGCGGCGAUUCUCACCCGAGUCACACACUCCAUGCCCGACUUCUACACGCAUUUCGGCCUCAAUCCACACUCGGAAUCACCCCACCGCCAUGACCGAUCGCCAAGACCGCAGCCCCGCCGCCGCCGCCGCCCCUCCCCCCCGCCCUCCUCCGCCCUCGCCGGAGCUCCCGGGCGGCGAGCCCCACCCCCGGGAGUUCUCCGGCCACCGGAUCAAGUACCCGAACCCGCCGGACGCGGCGAACCCCGACCCGGUCGCGCUGCGGGAGCAGUGGCGGUUCGCGAUCCGGCAGUACAGCCGGUGGUACUCCCACGCCUGGGGCACGGCGAUCCUCGCCGGGGCCGCGUUCUUCGCCCUGGGCUGGUUCAUCAAGGGCGGCAACCCGCUGCCGUCGCUCGGGGACGACUCGCACGCGCCCUCGUCGGCGUAUCCGAGUGAUGCCGGUGCGCCGAAGAAGGACGUGUCGGAGAAAGCGAGCGGGUAGUCGCGUUGCGAUUGGCGUUGUGGUAAGUUUUUUGCACCUAGAAGAGACUUCUCCACUCUUUUUCGUCGCACGAGACUGGACUGCAUUGGGAGGAUCUCGGUUCCAUGGAUCUGAAGGAAACAGAAGACUGUAUAUGGUAAUCUAUUGUGCAGUGUUUCUUAGCAAGUUUUCUUUCGCGAAAUGAAUGUCCAUUUCGAUCAACAGCACUCUAAUGUAAAUCCAGAGCCCCCUUAAGUCUCUAAUGAAAGGUCUAAUGUAAAUGAACGGCACUUCCCCCC